AGUACAGCUUGUGUUGGGGGGAAAAACUACAUUUCCCAUGAAACCGAGUGGCUUACACGGAAAUGACGCAACAGGCACAGCUUCUGUCAAGGGCAACGGAAACUAACGCCGGCUAAGGCUAGCAGCGGCUGUUUGCACGUGUAUUGGAAGAAGCUCCGCAAAGGUGAGUUUGAAGAACACGACUGAGGCGGAAAUGGACGGCUUUGGUUCAGACUUCUCAGCAGGAGGGUCCGGCGGGAAAAUGGACACCGGUACCAUCAUGGAGCAGGUCAAGGUCCAGAUCGCGGUGGCUAACGCUCAGGAGCUGCUGCAGAGAAUGACCGAUAAAUGCUUCAAGAAGUGCAUAGGCAAGCCUGGAAGCACACUGGACAACUCUGAGCAGAAGUGUAUCGCCAUGUGUAUGGACCGCUAUAUGGACGCCUGGAACACCGUGUCCCGAACAUACAACUCCAGACUGCAGCGAGAAAGAGCUCGCAUGUGAACUCUCUUCAUCUUUCCCUUCUUCAGGCUGCUGCACACAGCGAGGGCCGAUGCAGUGCUCUGCAGGAGGGCCCGCGCCGUGCACGACUUUGUCACGCAGCGGCGCAACAUCUGUCACAGUACCUCUGACAGGCAGAGCACAGCCUGUGGACUGCAGCCAUAACGGUGUCUCUGUGGACAGUUUUUAUUUUGCUCUGAGGAACAGUUCACUACCAAUGUUAAAUCGAUUGUGUGUUUUACGUUAGAAAUAUAAUCAGUCAUCUUCUGCGGGUUCUUGCCAUGCUGAUUGGAAACACUAAAUUACCUGCUUAGGUGUGAAUGGGUUUUAAAGUGUUUGCUGAUGCUGUGGCAGGAGGCGGAGCCUGCUGUGCUGCUAUAAGGACUCCAGGUGCAGUUUGGCUCAAUAGGCCCAGCUUACUUCCUGUGACUCAUCUCCCUGCCCAUCGAAUGCUUCUGCCUGUAAUACCAAUAACAGUAAACGUCUCCCAGUCACUGCAGACUCUCCUUUAAACACUGCUUCACAUUCUUUGCCGGGUGAUUGUGCUUAGAGAUUAAAUAUUUCCUGGAGCCUUAAAGGAAAAAAGUGCUUAAAAAUCAUCAGGAAGAAUUGAAGCGCUUUGGUGUUUUCACCAGCAUGAAUUUGACA